AUGAGUUCAGAGUCUCAUCUCAGGCGCCUAACAUUGCUAUACAAUUGCACUGCCAACACCCUCAUCCUGCGAACUGUCAGCAAGAAAAUUGCACCAUGGCUUGCUGCUGGACCCGAGAUUGUGCCUCAACCCACUGCUAUCUGGCCCAUCCACUUACUUCUUGUCAUAGUGUUACUGGUCAUCAUAUCUACUUUGUACCUUGCACUCCGUUCUAGAACUGUAUACCUUGUCGACUACGCUUGCUUCCGGCCAAACUCCAACUUAAGAAUCACAAAGGCAACCUUCCUCGAGCAUGCACGUCUCUCUUCUUUGCUUGAUGAUUCUAUUGUCAAUUUUAUAGCUACUAUUCUUAAGCGCUCAGGCAUGAGCGAUGAGACAUGUGUCCCGCCUGUACAUCACUAUAUAGAGCCAUGUUGUGGGCUUGAUGAAGCACGCAAUGAAGCAGAGUUGGUCGUCUUCUCGGUAAUCGAUGACCUUCUGGCCAAGACUUGCAUUAAACGUGAUGCAAUCGGUGGUCUUAUCACCAACUGCAGCGCGUUCUGCCCCGUACCAUCCAUUGCCGACAUGAUUGUGAACAAAUACAAGUUACGGAGUGAUAUUCGUGUCAUGAACCUCUCUGGGAUGGCAUGCUCAGCUUCGAUGAUCGCAGUGGGGCUAGCGAGCAACAUGCUACAGGUCAUGCCUCGGGGGUCGCAUGUGUUGGUGGUGUCGACAGAGACCAUUGGGCCAUCCUACUAUUCGGGGAAUAAGCGUUCCAUGGUGUUGUCUAACAUCUUGUUACGCGUAGGAGGAGUGGCAAAGUUGUUGUCGACUUCUAGGUCAAAGGCUCGGUUUAGGCUUGUGUAUUUCACUCGGAUAAUCACCGCGGCCAACAACUCUGCCUACCGAUGUGUGUAUCAAGAGGAAGACGAGAAGGGCAACCUAGGCAUCGCUCUCUCUAAAGAUCUUACUGUUGUUGCUGGAGAUGCAUUGAAGGCCAAUAUCAUGGCAACCGGGCCUUACGUGCUACCAACAUCAGAGCUUCUUAAGUUUUCGCUCUUCAACAUGGCAAGAAAGAUGCCCCAUGGGAGGAAUAUCAGACCAUACAUUCCUAACUUUUGUGUUACAUUUGAGCAUUUCUGCAUCCACGCAGGUGGUCCGGCAGUUAUUAGCUCAGUACAACAUGGCCUCAAACUAUCUGACCAGUAUGUCGAGCCAUCGUGGAUGACACUACAUCGGUUUGGGAACCAGUUGAGCUCAUCGGUAUGGUAUGAGUUGGCAUACAUCGAUGCUAAAGGACAGAUGAAGAAAAAUGAUCGGGUGUGGAUGAUUGGAUUUGGUGCAGGAUACGAGUGCAACACAGCUAGUUGGGUCUGUAUACAACCAUCUUCCAGUGCGGAUGGACCCUGGGGUAACUGUAUCAAUCAUUAUCGGAAGGAUAUCUUCAAAAAAAUAUUAAAUUAA